UAUGGCUCAUAAAUAUGCACCUAAGAAUGGAAUAGAAUUUGAUAAAAUAAAUGAUCCAAAUGCUCAAGCAACAAUGGUACGUUAUGGAACAUCAAAACUUUCAAAUAUUUUGUUUACAGUUGAAUUAAACAAAAGGCUUGAAGGAAAGCAAGUUUAUGCCAAUUCUUUACAUCCAGGAAUCAUAAAGACUGAACUGUCAAGAGGUGCUAUAGAUAAUUGGGGUAAAUUGGCAAUCCCAUUUGUUAAACUUUUGAGUUUAGCAUCACUUACACCUAAUGAUGGAGCAUUGACCUCAUUAUAUUGUGCAACAAGUCCUGAGAUUGAGGAGAGGAACUUAUGUGGAAAAUAUUUCAUUCCAUUUGGUGUAGAAUCUUCACCAACCAAUAAUGGCAAAGAUGAAGAACUGGCAAAAAAAUUAUGGCAAUUUACUGAUGAUCUAGUGAAUGAAAAACUAAAAGACAUAAAAUAG